AUGAACGGGUUUGCGAAGCAUGGCUUGGAUGAAGAUGCGUUUGGGGAGAAGUUUGGCAUCGGAUCGGGAUUGAGGACUUUUGAUGCGUUUCCAAAAACAAAGCCCACAUACACCUCCUCAACUCGACGCGGCGGCCAGUGGACCGUCGUUGUGUUCGUCCUCUGCGCCCUCCUCUCCAUCAGCGAGCUCCGUACCUGGUACAAGGGUGUGGAGAACCACCACUUUAGCGUCGAGAAGGGCAUCUCGCGCGAGCUACAGCUAAACCUCGACAUCGUAGUCGCAAUGACAUGCGACGCACUGCGUAUAAACGUGCAAGAUGCAGCGGGGGAUCGAAUCCUCGCAUCAGACAUGCUGAACAAGGAACCCACAAGCUGGGCUGCGUGGAACCGGGAGCUGAACGUUGCUCUGAGCGGGGGUGGUCGCGAGUACCAGACGCUUGCUGAAGAGGAUGCGGGGCGGCUGAUGGAGCAGGAGGAGGAUAUGCAUGUGGGGCAUGCGCUGGGGGAGGCGCGGAGGAGCCACAAGCGGAAGUUCCCCAAAGGUCCAAAGUUGAAGAGAGGUGAGAUGCCGGAUUCGUGUCGCAUCUAUGGGAGCUUGGAGGGGAAUAAGGUACAGGGUGACUUUCACAUUACUGCGAGGGGCCACGGGUAUUUCGAGUUUGGGGAGCAUUUGGAUCAUCAUGCCUUCAACUUCUCGCACAUGAUUACAGAACUAUCCUUCGGCCCACAUUACUCCACUCUCCUCAACCCGCUUGACAAAACAAUGUCCACAACCCCCUUCAACUUCUACAAGUACCAGUACUACAUGUCCAUCGUGCCAACCAUCUACACCCGCGCCGGCACCGUCGACCCAUACAGCCAAGUCCUCCCAGACCCAUCCACCAUCUCCCCCUCCCAGCGCAAAAACACCAUCUUCACCAACCAGUAUGCUGUAACCUCUCGAUCCCACGAGCUGCCCGACGUCCAGUUCCACGUACCUGGCAUCUUCUUCAAGUACAACAUCGAGCCGAUUUUGCUGAUUAUCAGUGAGGAGAGGGGCAGCUUGCUGGCGCUGCUGGUCCGGCUGGUCAAUGUUAUGGCGGGCGUGGUGGUGGCGGGAGGGUGGUUGUUUCAUCUAAGUACGUGGGCGACGGAGUUCAUCAGUAGGAGAAGGCGGAAGCCUGAGGGUAUGCUGAAUGGGAGGGUUGGGGAGGAGGAGGAUGAGUGA